UUCAUGAUUCACCCUUCUGAAUACAGAAACCUCUAGCAAUUGAAAUGGGAAAGACAGGCACAGGCACAGGCAGCAUCAUCAGAACAUCAAUCUUCUGUUUCCUGCAGAAAUAUCAGUACUUCACCUCUUCCUCAGCCUUGUUUGCCUUCCCUUUCUCAGUUCCCCUUCUUCUCUCACAAACCUUUGCCUUUACUUCUUCCAUUUAUUUCCUUCCAAACAUACACCAUCGCUUGAGGCUUCUUUUUUAUGCUGCAGCCUUCCCUCCUUCCCUUGAAUUCUUCUCCAUUUUCACUCUCAACCUUUCCCAAGCCAUAUUUUCUUCCAUUUUCACUCUUCCUUUCACUCUUACCUUCCUUCUUAUUGCAAAAGCCUCGGUGAUUCAAGCUCUAAAGGAGACCAAACCAACAGCCCACCCCUCCUUUUCCUCUGUCAGAACCCUUUACAGUCCACUUCUUCUCACCCAUAUUUGCAGCUCACUCCUCACACUCUCAGCAAAUGCAACAAUCUUUUCAAUUCUUUGCUUAGCUUUCAGUUUCCUUGAUGGGUUUGGCUUGUCUUCUUCCACCAGCUUUGUCUUUCUCUCAGCAGCUGGAGCUGUCCUGUAUUCCAUUGUUCUGGCAAACACUUGGGUUAUCAGUAACUUAGCAUUGGUUUUGUCAGGCAUGGAAAGGCUUGGUGGUUAUCUACCAAUACUCAAAGCUUGUGUUUUGAUUAGAGGGAAAACUUCCACAGCAUUGCUUUUGGCUCUGCCUGCAAAUUUAGCCAUGGCUGCUAUUGAAGCCUUGUUCCAGUACCGUGUAGUAAGAGCUUAUAAUGGUGUUGGAAGACUAAACCUUUCCAUGCUGUCAGAAGGGAUUGUUAUUGCAUAUCUAUACUCCAUUUUUGUCGUCCUCGACACGACGUUUAGUUGUCUGUUCUUCAAGAGUUGUAAGACGGUUUACUGGGUGGAUCUGGAAGGAAGACAGGCUCUUCAAAUACACUCUGGAGAGGUAGACAAUGUUGGUUACAUGGAUUCAAAGGUUCUACAGGAACAGAACCUGCAUUCAACAACUUGUGGAUCAUCCAUCCAUCAGGACAAUCUGCAGGAAAAAAGUAUAUAGAACUCAGUUAAAGAAUCAUAAGAAGAACCCCAGGAAAUAAUUCAAUAAGAAACUAUACAGAUAAGCAUCCACAGUAGAAUCAAAGAUCCAGGAGAAGAAAGCAUGUGAAAAUUUGAAAUUGUUCCUUUAGUUCUUUCUGUUCGGUGUUCGAAUUGUAGAUAACCAACCGUUACAUUGUGGUAGAAUAUACAGACCUCCAGUUAUCAGUAGCUUGAUUGAAAAAAUAAAACUCAACAGUUUGCAGUCUA